GGGUGGGAUUGGGCUAGCGCUGACAUCUAGCUCAAAGUUACCUUUCUUUUCUUUUUCUUAUAUUACUUCAAGUUGACAAGGUAGGCGCUUCCUCGAAGAAACAUGGAUUUGAGCCUUAAACUUUUCGUAUUAAUGAAUGUUUAGCGAAUUUUCCUAUUUUCCUUACCAAAAAGACAAAGUCGUGAACACAAGACACCUUGGUUUCUACGUUUCAGUCCGGCAUUUUUCCUGUCCUUGACCUGAGAGGUGAAGCCUUUCCUGUUGUGCACGAGACUUGGAACUACGCCGAAUUUUAUGGAAAUCAUAGAUACCUGGAGUGGACUGGACUUGAGAAAGAAAAGGAAGUGAACAAAAACAAGUACAGAGAAAUCAAGGUUUAUAGGAGAAGACGAUUUAUCGGCAAGGAACUUGAAAACGCAUUGAGAUUUUAAAGGGGUGUUGUUCAAGACAAAUCAGUCUAAUAAUAAGUCUAUGGAAUGCGUGUGUUUUGACCCUUACGCUUGUUUCUAUGUUAGUACAAAGAGUCAUUUUUAGCUCGGCUGUUUUCGCAAACACGAAUCGAAACCCUGCUGCUCUAAGCUUCCGCUUUAGUUGAAGCCAUUAUCAUGUAUCAGGUCACUUCUAGGGUCAUCGAUUCACAUUUCAACCAAAGAUAUACCAUCUGCAUCACCUUGUUAGAGCUUCUACCGUCGAACGAGAACGAGGAUGGGAUUCGAGCGCCUGCACGACAUCAGGCUUUUCUCGCCCGGUGUCUUAUGACAAAAUAGCCGCAGGUUUCAACAGCGUAAUGAGCUUACCCGUAAUCUACUUCCUUGAUUUUCACCUUAAUGCAUUUAUGAGCAAUUUAGGAAGCGAUUUUGAACAGCUAGGUCACGAAGUAGAAACCGAGCGGGACUUUGAAAUUGCACACCACGCAUCGUAAUGGCGAAGUCUCACGCUCGUGUUGGGCCAAAAGAACUUCUUCCUAAUAGGGGAGAACAAUAAUUACAAAAAGAGCCUUGGACGCGAUAGCCGUUCAGACUUUGACAUUUUAGAGUGGAGAACGGAAAGGCGUUUGUCAAGGUAUUUAGAAAGACUCACAUCGACAGUUUGAAUCAAAAAUAUCUUUUUUUCCGGGUCAAAAUAAACUGCUUUAAUCACUUUAAAUUUAGAGUGUACCGAGAACAAUGUUUUUCAAAUGAUUCCUUUCUGAUGAAUGUUAUGGUUUGUCGAGCACAUGUACUAAGAGGCUAUAGCAUCAUCAAUCAUUAAAGAUCUUAGUAUCAAAUAAAAGGAAAACCUGUUUCUCUUUUGUUACGCAUCUCGCAAUGUUUUUUACUUCCGUGUCCCUCGUUCCACGUUUCCACAUCCUGGUCUAGACGUUACAAAUGCCAGCGUGCGGAAAUCAAUGGGAAAUGAAAUACAAUCAACACACAAUUGUUUGAAAGGGCAAAGAGCCACGAGGAUCUGCUAUUUAAGACGCGCAUGUUAUACCACUGCUAGCUUUCUUUAAGCGGAGAUUUAGCGUGGAGAGGAUCCAGUACUGCAGUUUAAAGGACUUCAUGUCAACAAAGAUGAAACCACGUUGUUUGAAUACCUUCUUCAUCUCGGCUGUUUUCUUAAUCCUGUUUGUCCCGGAGGGCUUUUCAAUGGAAUGUUACACAUGCACGUCGUCUAAAUCUUGGGAAGACUGUCUGGAGACCAGCCGAAUUUUCAAAUGUGAAAAUCUUUAUUCUAAAUCGCCUGCCGCGGAUUUGGUUUGUCUCUCGGUGGUUCGUUCAAAGCUGCGAACAUGGAAUCAGCAGAUUACCCAUUAUGCUACAUUUUGCUCUACCAAGGACAUGUGCGACGAAGCAGCCUGUGAGAGGGACAUGCUCCAACGCAACGAGUAUAACAUAACCAAGGCUCGGCGUUGUAAUAUCGAAUGCUGUCCAGAAGACAAAUGUAAUGGGAAGUUAAACGUCUUAAACUUAGCUGAAGUGACCGAGGAUAUGUCCAAAGGAGAAGUCCCGUUCAUUAGCUGUCUUUGUGUCAUCACUUUAGCUCUCGCAAGCUUUAUCCUGGGAAACAAUUGAUUGCGGAAUGAAAAUGCUGUGAUUUCAUUUAUUGCUUAAUCAAGUGGGACAAAGAGAGGAUGGUUGUGUAAGAGUAGCCCCUCAAACCCUUUUUCUAUUCAGUAUAUCUGGCCAAGUUUAGAAAAACAGCCAUGUCCUCAGUAUCAACAAGCAGAUUUUUGGAUUUUCUAUUCUAGUUUUUUCCAGUCCACGAACUCAAUCCAUCGGAAGGAAAAAUAUGGCACCUAGCUAAUUUACCCGUAAUUGCGUCUUAACACACAAAGGCCUUGUAAACGAACAGUUCAGAGGCGGCGGGGCGUUUUGAAACAUGGGUGGGGGCGGGGGGGGGGAGCUCAGCGUUAAGCCAAGUACAUACCUCUACUCGUAUUUUCCAGCAUGUCUACCAUUGUUUGUCUGCACAAACAAACUUCUUUGCGAUGUCUACCGUGUUCAAUGUGUCCGUAAUGGACUUACGACAAUGCCGCAGAGGGCAGUUGUUUAGAUCAUCCUUCUUCAUAGUCUUCAUGGUGUUUCUAAGAUAGGUUUUUGGUCUUCGUAGGGCAGAAAAUGUGCCUUCGGAAGUCGCCGAUGCCACAGGUUAUGUCAAAUACAAUCUUAACAGUUUGUCCACCUCUUCUAGAAGGUUUUGGUGACAGGAGUUUUGUUGAGAGCUAAGCAAAUGGUUUUUAUAAUGGUAACCCGAAGUAUUUCGGGCAGA